ACACAAAUUCGAAGAACAAAAGCCAUGUCUUCAAUUCCAUAACAAUAAAAAUCUCAUUCCUUCUCUCUCUCUCUCUACAUUCCGUCAUCAAAGCUCUUGUUCCCCCCUUCCCAGUGGAAAGGCAACCAAAUUGAGCUGUGAAGCCAAAAUUUGGAGUUAGGCCGUUGUUGUUCUUGUGUUUAUCGAUUGAAAUAUGGUCGAUUCAAUUGCGGCAACAUCCCUUUUGGGGCACCGGCCGAUAUGUGGGAGUUACUGUUUCAAGGAUGUUUCAAGUAACCGGAAGGUGGAUCCUGGCCGCCUACCUAUGACCAAGUUUAUUGGUAGGAGAGUUUCUAGCUCUGCCUCUUUGUGGAUAUUGGGGGUUGAGCAGCCACGGAUGUCUAUGAUUAGGGCUCAAGCCAUGGAAUUAACCAGAGAGGCGUAUUCUUAUCGUGAGGAAGAGCGAAUACCUAGAGACUUUCGGUAUGGGAUUGACACCGGUGUGGAUCGUAGACCUGGAUUAUGGCCGCCAGAGAAUAAGGCGGAUAAUCCUGCACUUAGAAAUCCAUUGCUUCGGCAAGAAAGGAUGGGUUGUGGGUGGUUAGGUGCUAUAUUUGAGUGGGAAGGAGUGCUGGUUGAAGAUAAUCCGGAUCUUGAGAAGCAAGCUUGGUUGGUUCUUUCUGAGGAAGAGGGAAAAUCACCACCACCAGCCUUCAUGCUUCGGAGGGUAGAAGGUAUGAAGAAUGAGCAAGCGAUUGCAGAAGUUCUCUGCUGGUCAAGAGAUCCAGGUGAACUUAAGAGAAUGGCAUCUAGGAAGGAGGAGAUUUACCAAGCUUUACAAGGUGGGAUUUAUAGAUUCCGUUGUGGUUCCCAAGAGUUCGUGAACGUCCUGAUGCAUCACAAGGUCCCAAUGGCUUUGGUGUCCACCCGACCAAGAAAAUCACUCGAGAGAGCAAUUGGAGCCAUUGGGAUCGAAGGAGUAUUUGACGUCAUUGUGGCGGCGGAGGAUGUCCAUAGAGGGAAGCCCGAUCCUGAGAUGUUUGUAUAUGCAGCACAACUUCUGCAAUUCAUACCAGAGAGGUGUAUAGUUUUUGGCAACUCAAAUCAAACGGUUGAAGCUGCACAUGAUGCAAGGAUGAAAUGUGUUGCCGUUGCUAGCAAACACCCUGUUUACGAGCUUGGAGCAGCCGAUCUGGUGGUGAGACACCUUGACGAGCUCUCAGUGGUUGAUCUCAAGAACCUGGCCGACAUUGAAUCAGCUGAGUUUGGAUCCAAUGAACCAGAGCUGGAGAUGGAGGUUGAGGCAGAAGACGACCGGCACCCAUCCUCAUCAGUUGGCGUUUAUGAUGAUUUCUGGUGAUAUUUUACCAAAUGUACAGCGCUUUAUCCUUAAUCUAAUUCUUGGCCAUGAAAGCCUACUGUUGAUCACGUGUAUAAAGAAAUAGGAGACAGAAAUACAAGGGUUGAAUUUGCAGGAGAAAAUAGUCGAAGAAAAAGGAACUGCAGAAGGUAAUCUACAUUGGAUUGCCAUGUACUCUGUGUUGUAUGUAUUAUAUGUACAAAUAAUACGUCUUUAGACUUCCUGUAUAUGUCCAAAAUCUCAACCUUCUUAUUGAAUUCGUAAGUUGAUAUGA